GAACAGUCGUUAAAGUCCCUGAUGAGGAAAAAUAAAAAUCAAUUAAACUGACAAGGAAGAAAUUAGACACGCUUGCUCUUGCUCAUCUCUUCCCCCUCACCUCUCUUUCUUUCGCAAACUCUCACACCUGGGCGAGCCAAGCAACUGAAAGGACAACAUAAAUGGCGAAAUCGAGCGCCGAUGAUGAGGAGCUCAGGAGAGCCUGCGAGGCUGCAAUCGAAGGCACCAAGCAGAAGGUCGUCAUGUCGAUCCGCGUCGCCAAGAGCCGAGGGAUCUGGGGCAAAUCUGGCAAAUUGGGUCGCCAAAUGGCCAAGCCUAGGGUUCUCGCUCUCUCUACAAAAUCAAAGGGUCCUAGGACUAAAGCAUUUCUUCGAGUCCUAAAAUAUUCCACUGGAGGAGUCCUUGAGCCUGCAAAGUUAUACAAGCUGAAGCAUCUUUCAAAGGUGGAGGUUAUAACUAAUGAUCCUAGUGGAUGUACAUUUACCCUGGGAUUUGAUAACCUUAGAAGCCAGAGUGUUACUCCACCUCAGUGGACUAUGCGCAACGUUGAUGAUAGGAACCGUCUUAUAUUUUGCAUCUUAAACAUCUGCAAAGAUGUACUUGGCCGUCUGCCCAAAGUAGUUGGAAUAGAUGUUGUGGAGAUGGCACUCUGGGCUAAGGAAAAUACACCUACACGUGCCAAGGAAAGGAAUCUGCAAGAUGGGCCUGUUGCCACUACAGUGGCAGAAAGUGAAUUGAAAGUCAGUGUCGAAAAAGAACUUGUCUCCCAAGCUGAGGAAGAGGAUAUGGAGGCCCUGCUUGAUACUUAUGUCAUGGGUAUUGGUGAAGCUGAGGCAUUUUCUGAAAGGUUAAAACGUGAACUUCUUGCUCUUGAAGCUGCAAAUGUGCAUGCUAUUCUAGAAAGUGAACCUUUGAUAGAGGAGGUGCUGCAAGGGCUUGAUGUGGCAACAAAUUGUGUUGAUGAUAUGGAUGAAUGGUUAGGCAUCUUCAAUGUGAAGCUUAGACACAUGAGAGAAGACAUUGAGUCGAUAGAAACACGCAAUAACAAGUUGGAGAUGCAGUCUGUAAAUAAUAAAGCACUCAUUGAAGAACUUGAUAAGCUUCUUGAACGGUUGCGUGUCCCUUCUGAAUAUGCUGCAUGCCUAACUGGAGGUUCAUUUGAUGAGGCACACAUGCUUCAAAAUAUUGAAGCAUGUGAAUGGUUGACUGGUGCUUUACAUGGUCUUCAAGUACCUAAUCUGGAUUCUACCUAUGCAAACAUGCGAGCUGUUAAAGAGAAGAGGGCAGAACUUGAAAAACUAAAAACUACAUUUGUUAGGAGAGCUUCUGAGUUCUUGAGAAACUACUUUGCCAGUUUGGUGGAUUUCAUGAUAAGUGACAAGAGUUACUUUUCACAGCGGGGACAGUUGAAGAGGCCUGAUCAUGCAGACUUACGGUACAAAUGCAGAACAUAUGCUCGCUUACUGCAACAUUUAAAGAGUCUUGAUAAGAAUUGCUUGGGGCCUUUGAGGAAAGCAUAUUGUAGCUCCCUUAACUUGCUUCUUCGCCGGGAGGCUCGUGAGUUUGCUAAUGAGCUUCGUGCUAGUACAAAAACAUCAAGAAAUCCAACUGUCUGGCUUGAAGCUUCCACUGGCUCCAAUCAAAAUGCGCAUACUGCAGAUACAUCAUCAGUUUCUGAUGCUUAUGCUAAAAUGCUGACAAUUUUUAUCCCACUACUUGUGGAUGAGAGUUCUUUUUUUGCACACUUCAUGUGCUUUGAAGUUCCUGCACUUGUCCCCCCAGGUGGUGUUGCUAAUGGUAAUAGAAGUGGAAAUUACAAUGACGAGGUCAAUGAUGAUGAUGAUGAUGAUUUGGGUAUUAUGGACAUUGAUGAGAAUGACAGCAAGGCUGGAAAAAAUUCUGCAGAUCUGGCUGCACUGAAUGAAUCUCUUCAGGAUUUGCUUGAUGGAAUCCAAGAAGAUUUUUAUGCUGUUGUUGAUUGGGCAUACAAGAUUGAUCCUCUACGCUGCAUAUCAAUGCAUGGGAUUACAGAGCGAUAUCUUUCUGGUCAGAAAGCUGAUGCAGCAGGAUUUGUGCGUCUUUUACUUGGUGAUCUAGAGUCAAGAAUCUCUAUGCAGUUCAGCCGUUUUGUUGAUGAAGCAUGUCAUCAGAUUGAAAGAAAUGAGCGUAAUGUGCGGCAAAUGGGGGUCUUAUCGUAUAUACCAAGGUUUGCAACUCUUGCAACUCGCAUGGAACAGUACAUUCAGGGGCAAUCUAGGGAUUUGGUUGAUCAAGCUUAUACAAAAUUUGUUAGCAUCAUGUUUGUAACAUUGGAGAAAAUUGCACAGACAGAUCUAAAAUAUGCAGACAUUUUUCUUUUGGAGAACUAUGCAGCAUUUCAAAAUAGCUUGUACGACCUAGCUAAUGUAGUUCCAACGUUAGCCAAAUUUUAUCACCAGGCCAGUGAAGCUUAUGAGCAAGCCUGUACUCGUCAUAUCAGCAUGAUCAUUUAUUAUCAAUUUGAGCGGCUUUUCCAGUUUGCCCGCAAGAUUGAGGAUUUGAUGUACACAAUCACACCAGAAGAGAUCCCUUUCCAGCUUGGAUUGUCAAAAAUGGAUCUGCGGAAGAUGUUGAAGGCUAGUUUAUCUGGGGUUGACAAGUCUAUUAGUGCAAUGUAUAAGAAGUUGCAGAAGAACUUAACUUCAGAGGAAUUGUUACCUUCUUUAUGGGAUAAAUGCAAGAAGGAGUUUUUGGACAAGUAUGAAAGUUUUGUCCAACUCGUUGCAAAGAUCUACCCCAAUGAAACCAUCCCUUCUGUGACAGAAAUGAGAGACCUUCUGGCGUCCAUGUAAUCUUUGUAGAGAGAUUUCUGUUGUAUAAUGCUUUAGAUGUUCUUUUCCUUCUCUUUCUUUCCUUCUUUUUUGGAAAAGUAUUAGAGUCGCGUUAGCCUGAUGUAAUUAUUCUUUUUUGUUCUUUGUUCAAAAAUUUUCCCCAUUAUUGAUUUAUUGGACAAAUUUUUACUUAGCAGAACUGCAUGGUAUGGAACUGGUUCUUGAUAUAAUAAUAUGGAUUUUGAUGAA